GAGAGAGAGAGAGAGAGAGAGAGAAGAGAGGCAAUAAAUGCUCGCUCCGAGUCGGUGGAUCCAACCCCAACCCUAUGCUCCUCCCUCUUUUAAGACCCCCUCCUCCUCUCUCCACCACCCCCACCCCCACCCCUUCGAGCGACGAGGGUUAGGGUUAGGGUUAGGGUUAGGGUUACUAUGUGGGCGCCUACGGAGCCGGCGUUCUCGAGGUCGAGCUCGUACCGCGAAUGCAGCGGCGUGGAGGAGGAGGAGGAGGAGGCGCUCCGGCGGGCGGCGAUCGAGCGCCUCCCCACCUUCGCCCGCGCCCGCCGCGGACUCCUCCGCCGCGGCGACGACUCCCCUGGCGCCUUCUCCGAGGUCGACGUCGCCGCGCUCAGCUCGGAGGACCGCACCGCACUUGUCGACCGCCUCCUCAGCGACACCGGUGAUGCCGGGCAGUUCUUCAGCCGGAUCCGGCGGAGAUUUGAUGCAGUGAACCUUGAAUUUCCCAAGAUUGAAGUAAGAUUUCAGGAUCUGAAAGUAGGUGCUUAUGUUCAUGUUGGGAGCAGAGCAUUGCCGACGAUCCCCAACUUCAUAUGUAACAUGACAGAGGCUUUUCUGAGAUACCUGAGAAUCUUCCCAGGCAGAAGAAUCAAACUGCCAAUAUUGGACAACAUCAGUGGGAUUAUCCAGCCCUCUAGACUGACGCUGCUUUUGGGUCCUCCAAGUUCUGGAAAGACAACCUUGCUUUUGGCUCUUGCAGGGCGGCUCAGUUCUGGUCUGCAGAUGUCAGGGAACAUUACCUAUAACGGGCACAGUCUGAAGGAAUUUGUUCCUCAGAGAACAUCUGCCUAUGUCAGUCAGCAGGACUGGCAUGCUUCAGAGAUGACAGUCAGAGAAACUCUAGAAUUUGCGGGACGUUCUCAGGGUGUUGGAAUAAAAUAUGAUAUGCUUACGGAGCUACUGAGAAGAGAAAAGAAUGCAGGGAUAAAACCUGAUGAGGAUCUCGAUAUAUUUAUGAAGGCAUUGGCUUUAGAAGGCAAGCAGACAAAUCUUGUAGCAGAGUAUAUAAUGAAGAUUUUAGGGCUGGAUAUCUGUGCUGACACCCGUGUUGGAGAUGAGAUGAUCAAAGGGAUCUCAGGAGGACAGAAAAAGCGCCUUACCACAGGUGAAUUACUAGUUGGACCCGCUAGAGUGUUAUUUAUGGAUGAGAUCUCAACUGGUCUUGACAGUUCAACUACUUAUCACAUAAUAAAGUAUCUAAAACAUUCUACACAAGCACUUGAUGGGACCACAAUUAUAUCUUUGCUGCAACCAGCUCCUGAAACUUAUGAACUAUUUGAUGAUGUAAUUCUCAUAUCCGAAGGCCAGAUUGUUUAUCAGGGACCUCGUGAUGCUGCAGUUGAUUAUUUUGCUGGCAUGGGAUUCAGGUGCCCAGAACGUAAAAAUGUGGCUGAUUUUUUGCAAGAAGUUACAUCUAAGAAGGACCAGCAACAGUAUUGGUAUCUAUAUGACUAUCCAUACCAGUUUAUACCUGUAUCUAAAUUCGCUGAUGCUUUCAAAGCAUUCCAUGUCGGUAAAAAAUUGUCAGAAGAAUUGGCCGUUCCAUAUAACAAAGAAAAUAACCAUCCUGCUGCGCUUUCAACUUCUAGCUAUGGUGUAAAGAGAUUUGAGCUUCUGAAGGCCAACUUCAACUGGCAGCUUUUGUUGAUGAAACGGAAUUCAUUUGUCUAUGUCUUUAAAUUUAUUCAGCUUCUGCUUGUUGCUGUUAUCACGAUGACAGUGUUCUAUCGAUCAACAAUGCACCGUGAGACAGUGGAUGAUGGGAUUGUCUAUCUUGCGGCACUAUAUUUUGCAAUAAUAAUGAUCCUAUUUAAUGGCUUCACUGAAGUUUCAUUGUUAAUUACGAAGCUUCCUGUGCUUUACAAACACAGGGACUUGCACUUCUAUCCACCCUGGACCUACACACUUCCUUCUUGGCUUCUAAGUGUUCCAACUUCAGUAAUAGAAUCAGCGAUGUGGGUGAUUGUUACUUAUUAUGUUAUUGGCUAUGAUCCACAAAUUAAGAGAUUCCUUGCCCAAUUCCUGCUGCUUUUCUUUUUGCACCAAAUGUCUUUGGCUCUUUUCCGGGUGAUAGCAUCUUUGGGUCGAAAUAUGAUAGUUGCUAACACCUUUGGAUCAUUUGCAAUGUUGGUUGUCAUGAUUCUUGGAGGGUUUAUCAUUUCCAGAGAUAGUAUACCAGUCUGGUGGAUCUGGGGAUAUUGGAUCUCUCCACUAAUGUAUGCCCAAAAUGCUAUUUCAAUAAAUGAAUUCCUAGGGCAUUCUUGGGACAAGAAAGUUGGAAAGAAUGGCAUUCCAUUAGGUGAAGUAGUACUGAAGGGCUACGGAUUAUUUUCAGAAAGUUAUUGGUACUGGAUUGGCGUAGGUGCCUUAUUUGCUUACACAGUCAUACUCAAUAUCCUAUUCACCUUGUUCCUGACUUAUCUUAACCCACUUGGAAGGCAACAAGCUGUUGUUUCAAAAGAUGAAAUUCGACAGAGAGAUCAAAAGAGAAAAAGGGAGAGAAUUGCUGUCGAGCUAAGAUCCUAUUUGCGCUCAGACUCACUUACAGGAACAAAUUUGAAGGAGAAGAAGGGCAUGGUUUUACCUUUUCAACCUCUUUCCAUGUGCUUUCAGGACAUUAAUUACUAUGUGGAUGUGCCUGUGGAACUGAAAAAGCAAGGGAUAGUGGAGGAUCAACUACAACUACUAGUGAAUGUAACUGGGGCAUUUAGGCCUGGAGUACUCACUGCACUCGUUGGGGUUAGUGGUGCUGGUAAAACUACCCUUAUGGAUGUUUUAGCUGGUCGAAAGACUGGAGGACUCAUAGAAGGAAGCAUCACAAUCUCUGGCUAUCCCAAAAACCAAGAAACUUUUGCUAGGAUUUCUGGUUAUUGCGAGCAAAAUGAUGUGCAUUCUCCAUGUGUGACAGUUAUUGAAGCACUACUUUUCUCUGCCUGGCUUAGGUUGCCUUCUCAUGUUGACUUAGAGACUCGAAGGGUUUUUGUAGAGGAGGUGAUGGAACUUGUUGAGCUCAAUAGAUUAAGUGGUGCCCUUGUUGGCUUACCAGGGGUGAAUGGUUUGUCCACAGAACAACGGAAAAGGUUGACCAUAGCUGUAGAGCUAGUAGCAAAUCCUUCCAUUGUGUUCAUGGACGAACCUACAUCAGGAUUGGAUGCCAGAGCUGCGGCCAUCGUGAUGAGAACUGUGAGAAAUAUAGUUAAUACCGGGCGGACCAUUGUCUGCACGAUUCAUCAACCAAGCAUAGACAUUUUUGAAUCUUUCGAUGAGCUCUUAUUUAUGAAGCGCGGUGGAGAACUCAUAUAUGCUGGUCCUUUAGGACCAAAGUCUCGCAAGCUAAUUGAUUUCUUUGAGGCAAUUCCUGGAGUGCCCAAGAUUAAGGAUGGGUAUAACCCUGCUGCAUGGAUGCUCGAGGUGACUAAUCCUAUGAUGGAAAAUAGUCUUGGUGUGGAUUUUGCAGAUUACUAUCGACAAUCCAAAUUAUUCCGCCAAAACAGAGAAAUGGUUGAAAAUUUAAGCAAACCAAACAGUGAUUCGAAAGAGCUUAGUUUUCCAACCAAGUAUGCACAGCCGUUCUUUUCCCAGUAUCUUGCUUGCCUGUGGAAGCAGAACUUGUCAUAUUGGAGGAAUCCUCAAUAUACAGCAGUUCGUUUCUUUUAUACGGUUGUCAUUUCCGUGAUGUUUGGUACAAUCUGCUGGCAAUUCGGUUCAAAAAGGGCGACCCAACAAGAUAUCUUCAAUGCCAUGGGAUCAAUGUAUGCUGCUGUCUUGUUCGUCGGAAUUACAAAUGCUACUGCCGUUCAGCCUGUGGUUUCCAUUGAAAGAUUCGUCUCUUAUAGAGAGAGGGUGGCCGGGAUGUAUUCAGCUUUUCCGUUUGCAUUAGCUCAGGUUUGUGUUGAGUUCCCAUAUGUACUGGUACAAACCCUAUUCUAUGGCACCAUAUUCUACAGUUUGGGCUCAUUUGAGUGGACGAUGACCAAGUUCUUGUGGUACAUCUUCUUUAUGUAUUUCACAUUGCUGUACUUCACCUUUUUUGGCAUGAUGACGAUAGCAAUUACUCCAAACCAGAGUGUUGCACCGAUAAUUGCUGCCCCAUUCUACACACUCUGGAAUCUCUUUAGUGGAUUUUUGAUCACACGGAAGAGGAUACCUGUUUGGUGGAGAUGGUAUUACUGGGCCGAUCCAAUAUCAUGGACUCUGUAUGGGCUUCUCACCUCCCAAUUUGGCGACAUUGAGAAGCCCAUGAAGCUUUCGGACGGUAAUCAUUCGGCAAACAUAAGUACUUUCCUGAGGGUUCACUUUGGAUAUCGGCAUGAAUUCUUAGGCUUUGUUGCAAUUAUGGUGGUUGGUUUCUCUGUAAUUUUUGCUAUGGUGUUCGCCCUUGGAAUCAAGUUCCUCAACUUCCAAAGAAGAUGAGAGAAAGAGAGAAAGGAGAAGAGUUCGAAUAUAAUUUGGACCUUCAUGGCUAAUAAUCCUCCAUUAGUAAUUGAAUAUUGGACAAAAAGUACGAAGGAAAUGUAUAGCAGCCAUAUUAUUCGUACAACGAAAAUAUUCCGUUUAUACGUAACAAUUGUAGUUGUAAUUUUCUUCUCCUGGUUUUUUAAGGAUCCUGAUGAAUGAAUUAAACUAGUCCUUAAACUUCAAGUUGGUAGGAGUACUGCAGGCUAGUUGCUCCUCUAAUGUCACUUUUUAUAGUUACUGGGUUUUGUUCAGUGAAAAGUUUACAGUAUAUAUGGUUCA